GCUGCUGGCGGUCCUGUCCGCGGAGUCGGUGAGAGCGCGUUCCUUUGCCGAGAGGGACAUGAGAGAUGGCUUUAGAAGAAAAAGUUUCUACUCUUCCCAUUAUGCGAGAGACCGGUCUCCUCAUACAAGGGACCCUCCCUUUUUCCGAGACUCACCUGUUGGCCGGAAAGACUCUCCGCACAGCAGAUCUGGCUCCAGUGUCAGCAGCAGAAGCUACUCUCCAGACCGAAGCAAGCCAUACUCUUUCCACCAGUCUCAGCACAGAAGUAAAGACAGAUCUGUCCAGUCUUUGAAAACAUCAAGAGACACUUCACCCUCAAGUUCUCCAGCAGGUCCUUCAUCAAAGGCCUUGGACAAGCCCAGCAGGCUGACCGAGAAGGAACUUGCGGAGGCUGCAAGCAAGUGGGCUGCGGAGACGCUGGAGAAGUCCGAGGAGAGCAGCCUGCCCGGGGCUCCCGAGUUCCAGGUGGGACCUACAACUCCGUUAUUCCCUGAGCAGCCAGAGGAGCCGGAGACCAGUGCAGCCGACAGCACAGAAUUGUUUGAAGACAGUCAGCUCAGCAGUCGCACGAAAGCAAUAGCGUUGAAAACCAAAGAGAUUGAGCAGAUCUACCGACAAGACUGUGAAACUUUCGGGAUGGUGGUGAAGAUGCUGAUUGAGAAAGACCCUUCCCUAGAAAAGUCUAUCCAGUUUGCCCUGAGGCAGAAUUUACAUGAAAUAGGCGAGCGGUGUGUUGAAGAACUGAAGCAUUUCAUUGCAGAGUAUGAUACUUCUCAAGACUUUGGAGAGCCUUUUUAGAAGACAUAGUAUAAUGGUUAGGCAAAAAUAAAUGUUUCUAGAUUUUUUCCCCCCUGAAUUGUGUAAAUCCUUAAUGUGUGAAAUUUUUGUCAUGAAGAGUGAUGAGUUUUCAGUAUCAAACAUCUAACAUAGUCUGUUUAAAAUAUUUUAAUUAGAAUUUUCUCUACACAUAGGACCUACUAAUCCAUAUUCACCUUCCACCCCCAAAAUGAUGUUCAGUUACUGUUUAAGCCCCACCCGUAAUGGGAUCAAACUCAGGAUCUUGCACGUGCCAGGCAGGUGCUUGCGCCCCUGAGCCAUCUCCUUGGCUGUGGUGUAAGCGUUGCAGGGCUGUCUCACUCGCCCAGGCUGCCUAACCUGCGAUGUGCUUGGUCACGUGAGUGUAACACUCGGGUUGGAGCUCAUUCCACCUGAACAGUAGUUGUGUUUGCACUUUUCAGAGUGGGUGGUACCAGGUGACAGGUUGGAAUUUGGAGUUUUGACUUUUAUUAACUUGUUGCCUGUUUGUCUUAGGCCUCCUAAGUUUUAAUAUGCUGAAGUACACUAUCAUAAUAAAGUGAAUACUUUGGUAUCUUAGGAGAUAUUUGCUUUGAGAAUAAUUCUUAGUAAUAACAUAGCACUUAAAAUCUGAAAGACAUCAGAAUAAAACCUUUUCUUAGAAAAUGAUCUCCGUAUGUCUCUUCUCCAUUUUUAGGAGAAGACACAUAUGGAGAUCACUUAGCUUUAGCUCCUAAAGCUCUUAACUACCCUGAUGUCUUUUGAAGGGGUAAUGUGUUUGAGACAGAGGGUGAGGAAUAUUAGAAAACCCCUGUGAUCAAGUGGGGAAAACCUUUAAAUAUGUAAGAGUGCUGGGGUUUUGUUCUUGUAAGCCCAUGCUGUCUCAGAAGGAUGAACACAUUGCAGGAAAUCAUUUACAGAUAUUGGAAGGGUACUUUGUGACCUCGUGACUGCUGUGUUCGGUGACCUUGGGAGGCAUGUAGUCUUUCCUAAGUGUUCCUGCAAACCUGGCCCAGCCUGCCAUGCC